CAAAUAUGGCGUUAAAAUAAGUUUUUCAAGUUGUUUUUUUUUCAGCAAGCCUAAACAUUAACAUUUCGAAAUGGCGGCCUCACUGAAAGGUCUUAGCGCGGAACUCCGAAGAUACAUCAAACAGCAUAAGUUGCCAGAUAUUUAUGAAGCUCUGUUAAGUGGUAUUGCAGUGAUGUGCCCCGCAGAUCCACACCAGUUUAUUCUGGACAAGCUUCGUCAGUUAAAAGAACAGGGCCUUGAAAACCUACACUGGGAUAUGUUUGUGGAUGAGAGUCAUAAACCCAAAGUGAGAAUAUUUACAGAGAGCAACCUUGAUAUUCUCUUCAAUUUUGAUGAAUACCUUUUACCAACUCCAGAAAUGUAUGCUAAAGCUUAUGGGCAUUAUAACAACAAAAUUCAAGAAUUAUGUUUUAAUGCUUGGAUGCAGUAUCAUUUACUACAGAAGCAUAAGCAAAGUUUGAUAGAAGAGAAAAUGAACAUUGCGUCUGAACACCAUGCCCAAAGAUUGUUACGAAUGCAUGUUCACAUAUGGAAGGAGUGGAUCAAAUACAGAAAAGGACGUCAAGCAAUGGCAUUUCAGAUUUUGGAGCAUGUUAACAACAUUGCAGUUGACAGGGUCAUAUUUCAAGCGUGGCACCAUCAUACAGUUGAUGCCAAAAGACAACGUGAAUACUUCGAGAUAAAUUUACGGCGUUUAGAGCGAGGUGAGAACAUGGAAGAUGAUGACAUGUUUGGUGAUGGUACAGGCGAGGCUCGUGAUAGUGUAUCGGCGUUAGCCAGGAAUGUGGCUAUUAAGAUUUUUGGUUACCUGGAUGUUGCUGACAUUGCUAACUGCGCCUGUGUGUGUCGGUCAUGGAAAGUGCUCACUCAAGCCAGUAUGUUGUGGAGCAGAAUUGAUUUUUACAGAGUGAGAAAACGACUCAAGCACGGGGUGACAGAUAAGGUGGCCACGAGACUGCUGUUCAAGGCUCGGCCGUACAUGAUCCAUCUGAAUCUGCGCGGCUGCCAUCACCUUACGAAGCCGACAUUUAUCACUGUCAGUGAGUGCCGCAACAUCCAGGACCUCAACCUGUCCGAGUGUCUCGGAUUGGAUGAUGAAACUCUGAAGCUGAUGGCGAAAGGCUGCAAGAUUCUGUUGUAUCUCAAUGUCUCCCACACCAACCUCACUGAUGCCUCACUCCGCGCUCUGGCCAAAUAUUGCUGGAACCUGCAAUUCCUCAGCUUGGCAUUUUGUUGUAAGUUCACUGAUCGUGGUUUGCUAUAUCUGGCCUCAGGGAAGUGUAACAGAAAACUGGAGUAUCUUGAUGUCUCAGGCUGUCUCCAGAUCACUCCAGAAGGAUUCCGUAACCUUGCCAAUGGUUGCAGCAAUCUUCAAAGUCUUAUUCUCAAUGAAUUUCCAACACUGAAUGAUGAGUGUAUCAUGGCCAUUGCUGAAAAGUGCACCAAGCUGCACUCGGUGUCAUUCCUGGGAUCUCCUCUACUCACAGAUGAACCGUUCAAGAAACUGGCAUCACAUAAAAACCUCAGGGUGAUCAAGCUCGAUGGUAACCACCGUAUUUCGGACGCUGCGCUAAAGAUAAUAGGUAAACAGUGUCUGGGCCUGGAACACCUGUACAUGACCGACUGUCAGCGAAUCACAGACUCCGCCCUCAAGGCCUUGGUUGGCUGUAAGAAUCUUAGGGUCGUCAAUCUGGCCGAUUGUGUGAGAAUCAGUGAUUCAGGAGUGCGCCAUCUGGUGGAGGGACAGUGUGCAUCACAGCUGAGAGAACUGAAUCUCACCAACUGUAUCCGAGUCGGCGACAUGGCCAUGGUUAAUAUUCACAAGAGAUGUCACUGCCUGACGUACUUGAGUGUGUGUUUCUGUGAACACAUCAGUGAGGCUGGCGUGGAACUGCUAGGACAGACUCACAGUCUCAUCUCUCUCGACAUAUCUGGUUGUAACUGUGGAGAUCAGGGACUUUCAGCACUGGGGAAUAAUGUCCGCCUAAGGGAUGUAACUCUGUCAGAAUGUGGUAACAUAACUGACCUGGGUCUUCAGAAGUUUGCUCAGCAGUGUAGGGAGGUGCAAAGGCUGGAUAUCUCGCAUUGUAUGAAUAUUACCGAUGGUGCUAUCAAGAACCUGGCCUUCUGUUGUCGAAUGCUGACAGUCUUAAAUGUUUCAGGCUGUAAACUAGUGACUGACCUGAGUCUGCAGUACCUGUCAGGUGUUUGUCAUUAUCUUGCUGAACUAGAUAUUAGUGGUUGCUACCUUAUCAGUGACAAAGCUAUGAAAUAUCUCCGAAAAGGCUGCAAAAAGCUACAGGUCCUUACCAUGCUAUACUGCAAAGGAAUUUCAAAGCAUGCUGCCCAGAAAAUGUCCAGGAAUUUGGAACGGGUACAGUACAGUGCCGAUGACGUUCCUGCUUUCUUCGGAUACCACAGCUGAAAAAAGGAAUGAAAAAACUAGCCAAGAACAUUAUUUUUAUUUUACAACAGCAGUGCAACUCAAGAAAAUCCAACUCAGUUCAUCUUACUGCUGGAAAACAAUAUUGAAAUCAUAUGAAUAUCAUUUGAAUAGGGAAGUUAUAUGGUUCAUAGAAAACAGUGCUGUAAAUAUUGUAUUAUGGAUUUGUUACCAUGAUCUCAGACAGAGCCUUGUGACAUCACACCUCUGAUGUACAUUUCGUUGAGUUGGUGAAAUUGACAACCUUGGUAUUUUGGUUGUGUCUGUAGGCUACUGCAGUCAUUAAUAAUAACUCCAUUAUUAGUCCCCUACCGGUCCAACCAGAGGGGACUAUAGGUUUCAUAUCUGUCCUUCUGUCUGUCCUUCUGUCUGUCUGUCCAUUUGUCCCACAUAUAGUUUUCCGGACUUUUUUCACAAUGCCUCAAGAUAUUAAGCUGAAAUUUUUUACAUAGCCUUAUCAUGUACAGUUACAGAUCAAGUUUGACUUUCAUGGCAAUUUACCCAUUUUUGACAUAGAGUUAUGGCCCCUGAACUUAGGGGGUAGGAAGGAAAUUAUUUAUUUAAUGAUGCACUCAACACAUUUUAUUUACGGUUAUAUGGCGUCAGACAUAUGAUUACGGACCACACAGAUAUUGAAAGGAAACCCGCUGUCGCCACUUCAUGGGCUACUCU